AUGAGGCUUGACUUUCCAGGCAUGCUAAUUGCUCAAUAUGCUUUAGUAUCAGCAAACAUCUACAAGUUCUCGAAGAGGCUAGUGGUUGGGAAUAUACAUGUCCUGUUUAAUCCUAAGCAUGGGGAUAUCAAGCUAGGCCAGCCAGCUGCCAAACGAAGGCUUCUGAGGCUCCAAGCGGAGGUCCCUGUGUUUAGUACACAGACUUCUAAGGCUCCAAGCGGAGGAGGGAAGACACCUGCACAAAGAAUCAAGUGGACACCAAAGGAGGAUGUCAUCCUCAUCUCCGUGUGGCUGAAUACGAGUAAAGAUCCGGUCGUUGGUAACAACCAGAAAGCGUCUGCCUUUUGGAGCCGCAUAUGCUCGUACUACAACAACUCAAAGCAUCUCGCCGGUCAGCCAAAAAGAGAAGCCGGGCAGUGCAAGCAACGUUGGUGUAGGAUCAAUGAUCAAGUUUGCAAGUUCGUAGGAUGCUAUGAAGCAGCUACGAUAGAGAAGACCAGCGGCCAGAAUGAAAAUGAUGUCAUGAAAGGUGCCCAUGACAUUUUUUUUAAUGAUCAUGGCUUCAAGUUUGUCUUAGAACAUGCAUGGCGCGAGUUAAGACACGACCAGAAAUGGUGCAGAGCCUCUGCUCUAAAAGACAGUGCAAGCUUGAAAAGAAAAAAGCUGGAUGAAGGUGGAUCGGGUCAGUCGUCUAACAAUGUGGAGGCCGGAGUCCCUGAUGCUGCAGAGAUGCGACCACCAGGAGUGAAAGCGUCUAAAGCAAAAGCCAAGAAGCAAAACGGCUGUAAAGAAGAGGGUAAAGCACUUCUCGAGUUUCAGAACUUGUGGAGUAUUAGGCAAAAAGAUCUGGAGUUGAAGGCUGAAAUUGCUAAGAGUAGACAACAAGAUAUGGAGAUGAAGUCAAAACUCGCUAAGCACAAAACCCUGGACAAUCUCCUAGCGAAACCUGAGCCACUAUCUGACAUCGAAAAUGCCCUAAAGAACAAGUUGAUUUCUGAGUUGUUAUCUUGA